ACAGGAGGUGGCGGCGGUUGAAUAGAUGUGAGUUCACUCCGGGUGCCGGUGUGUGUGGGGGGGCGGAGUCUUGGUAAAAGCUUUAGAUGGAUGAUCACUGUGUGUGUGUGUGAUGGAGACGGCGAGGGAGUCCCCCCCCCACCCCCCGCUCCUACUGUUCAGUGCACAAUGACUCAAUGAAAAGUGGGGGGGUGGGGGGAGGCAGGCGCACUGUACUGCUGCACGAGAGGGAGCGCCGAGGAGAAGAGGAGCUCACGUGGAGGAAGAGGACGUCCUCCUCUCUGAAUCCUCCUGAGGAGACACAUCGAGCUGAACUCCUGACCGUCCGUCCGACUCCUUUCUCCUGCUGCCUCCUCACCUCAGAGAAGGAGGUGCUCCCCCCCCGAAGCCAGAGAGCUGUCAGCGUGGAUCUGCAUCGUGGUGGAGCUCCACAGGACACAACAAUGCGUGCUGGGAGAAGAUGGGAUGGAGGAGGGAUGAGGGGAUCUCACCCUGGACUGGGGGUGGUGCUGGUGUGGGGCGCCCUGGUGCUGCUGGCGGCUCAGGGGGGCGUCCGGGGGUGCCCCGCUCCCUGCAGCUGCGCCGGGAACACGGUGGACUGCCACGGCCUGGGGAUCCACUCUGUGCCCAAAAACAUCCCCAAGAUCUGAACGGGAACAACCUGACCGUCAUCACCAAGUCCGACUUCUCUGGACUCAAACAUCUCCGAGUGCUCCACCUGAUGGAGAACCAGAUCUCCAACGUUGAGAGAGGAGCAUUCGAUGAUCUGAAGGAGCUGGAGAGACUCCGCCUCAACAGGAACCGUCUGAGCCAGCUUCCAGAGCUGCUGUUUCAGAAGAACGAAGCUCUGUCUCGACUGGACCUGAGUGAAAACCGGAUCCAGGCUGUUCCCAGGAGAGCUUUCAGAGGAGCGUCGGAUCUCAGAAACCUUCAGCUGGACAAAAACCACAUCAGCUGUGUUGAGGAGGGGGCGUUCCGAGCGCUGCGCUCUCUGGAAGUGCUAACGCUGAACAACAACAACAUCAGCAGCAUUCCGGUCUCCAGCUUCAACCACAUGCCCAAGCUGCGCACCUUCCGGCUCCACUCCAACGCCCUGCGCUGUGAUUGCCACCUGGCCUGGUUGUCCCCGUGGCUGCGGCAGCGCCCGGCGCUCGGCCUCUACACGCAGUGCAGUUCCCCUCCGGCCCUGAGGGGGCUCAACCUGGCCGAGCUGCGAAAGAGCGACUUCACCUGCUCAGGAAACAGCGGCAGCGCCUUCGUCCAGCCGUGCAGCCUGGCCUCUGGAUCCUGCCCCCCCAUGUGCUCCUGCAGCAACAACAUUGUGGACUGUCGAGGGCGGGGCCUCACCGCCAUCCCCGCCCACCUCCCAGAGGCCAUGACUGAGAUACGUCUGGAGCAGAACGGGAUCAAGUCGGUUCCUCCUGGAGCUUUCUCCUCCUACAAGAAACUCCGGCGAAUAGAUCUGAGCAACAACCAGAUCAGUGAGAUCGCUCCUGACGCCUUCAACGGGCUCCGAGCCCUCAACUCGCUGGUUCUGUACGGAAACAAGAUCACCGAGCUGCCCGGCGGGGUUUUUGACGGCCUGUCUUCUCUGGAACUGCUGUUGCUGAAUGCCAAUAAGAUCCACUGCGUUCGCGCCUCGGCCUUCAAAGAUCUGGAGAACUUGGCUCUCCUAUCGCUGUACGACAACAAGAUCCAGAGUCUGGCCAAAGGGACCUUCAGCUCGCUGCACAGCAUCCAGACUCUCCACCUGGCCCAGAACCCCUUCGUCUGCGACUGCAACGUGAAGUGGCUGGCUGACUUCCUGCGGUCCAACCCCAUCGAGACCAGCGGAGCGCGCUGCGCCAGCCCCCGCCGGCUCGCCAACAAGCGCAUCGCCCAGAUCAAGAGCAGCAAGUUCCGAUGUUCCGCUAAGGAGCAGUACCACAUCCCAGGAGCUGAAGACCGACGCCUGAGCUACGAGUGCAACAGCAAGCCGGUGUGUCCCGCCAAAUGCCGGUGUGAGGCCAACGUGGUGGACUGCUCCAACCUGCGGCUCACCAAGUUCCCUCAACACCUGCCGCCGUCCACCGAAGAGCUGCGCCUCAACAACAACGACCUCUCCAUGCUGGAGGCCACCGGAGCCUUCAAGAGCCUGAAGCAUCUCAAGAAAAUAAACUUGAGCAACAACAAGAUCUCAGAGAUCGAGGACGGCGCCUUCGAGGGCGCCGCCUCAGUGGUGGAGCUGCACCUGACCGCCAACCACCUGGAGUCGGUGAGGGGGGGCAUGUUCAGAGGCCUGGAGAGUCUGCGGAUGCUGAUGCUGAGGAACAACAGGAUCGGCUGCGUCCACAACAGCAGCUUCACCGGACUGAACAACGUCCGCCUGCUGUCGCUGUACGACAACCAGCUGAGCAGCGUCCUGCCCGGCGCCUUCGACACGCUGCCCCACCUGUCCACGCUAAACCUCCUGGCCAAUCCCUUCAACUGUGACUGCCACCUGUCCUGGUUUGGGGCGUGGCUCAGGAGCCGCCGCAUCGUCACAGGAAACCCCCGCUGCCAGAGCCCCGCCUUCCUGCGCGAGAUCCCCCUGCAGGACGUGGCGGCGCCAGACUUCCGCUGUGAGGACGGCUCCACACUGGAGGACAGCCGCUGCACCCCUGGGCCGCAGUGUCCCAGCCAGUGUACCUGCGUGGACACGGUGGUCCGCUGCAGCAACAAACACCUGCAGCUGCUGCCCAGAGGACUUCCUCGCAACGUCACGGAGCUGUAUCUGGACGGGAACCAGUUCACCAGCGUUCCCCAGGAAUUAGCCACCUUCAGAAACCUGCAGCUGAUAGACCUCAGCAACAAUAAAAUCAGCGCUCUCUCUGACGACUCCUUCUCCAACAUGAGUCAGCUGACCACGCUGAUCCUCAGCUACAACGCGCUGCGCUGCAUCCCUCCUCUGGCGCUGGCCGGCCUGCGCUCCCUCAGACUGCUCUCUCUCCAUGGAAACGACAUCUCCGAGCUGCAGGAGGGAAUCUUCAGCGACGUUUCCUCCCUGUCUCACCUAGCGAUCGGCGCCAACCCGCUGUACUGCGACUGCCGUCUGCUCUGGCUGUCAGACUGGGUGAAGAGCGGCUAUAAGGAGCCCGGCAUCGCCCGCUGCGCCGGCCCCCGCGGCAUGGAGGCCAAGCUGCUGCUCACCACGCCCGCCGACAGCUUCCAGUGCCGGGGUCCGGUGGAGGCCUCCGUUCAGGCCAAAUGCAGUCCGUGCGUCUCCUCGCCGUGUCAGAACGGCGGCGCCUGCCGGGUCCAGUCCUCACAGGAGUACACGUGCUCGUGCGCGUCCGGCUUCACGGGAAAACACUGCGAGACUCCGGUGGACGCCUGUGUCAGCGACCCCUGCACCAACGGAGGGAGCUGCCUGAGCGACGAGCAGACGGGGGGGUUCAGUUGUGCGUGUGCUUUCGGUUUCCACGGGACCUUCUGCGAGGUGAACGUGGACGACUGCGAGGACCACGGAUGCGACUCUGGCGCCACCUGUGUGGACGGCGUGGGCAACUACACCUGCCUGUGCCCCCCCAACUACACAGGUCUGUUCUGCGAGGAAGAGGAGGACGUCUGCUCUCCGGGAAGAAACCCCUGUCAGCACCAGUCCACCUGUGUCAGCAGCGCCGCAGGCCCCAGGUGCGUGUGCAUCCCCGGGUGGGUGGGGCCGGACUGCAGCAUUGACUAUAACGAGUGUUUGGACCAUCGCUGUCAGAACGGCGCCCGGUGUGUGGACCACCUGGACGGCUACAGCUGCGUCUGUCCGCAAGGAUUCAGCGGGCAGUUUUGUGAGGUCGGCCCUCCGCCCCCGUCGCCCUGCCAAUGGGCCCGGUGUCAGAACGGCGCCCCCUGUGAGGAGGAGGCCGGCGCCGCGGUUUGCCGAUGUCUGCCGGGCUUCGAGGGUCCGAGCUGCGAGAAGCUGAUCAGCGUCAACUUUGUGGACAAAGACUCCUACGUUCAGCUUCAGGACGUGAAGAACGGACCUCAGACCAACAUCACGCUGCAGGUGUCCACCGCAGAGGACAACGGAAUUCUGCUCUACAACGGAGACAACGAGCCGAUCGCCGUGGAGCUUCAUCAGGGUCACGUGAGGGUCACCUAUGAUCCUGGGAACCAACCCGCCACCGCCAUCUACAGCGCCGAGACCGUCAACGAUGGCAGCUUCCACACGGUGGAGCUGGUCACCUUCAACCAGAUGGUCAACCUGUCUGUGGACGGAGGAGAGCCGACCACGCUGGACAGUCUGAGCCGCAGCCUGGCGGCGGCGGGCGACGCCCCCCUGUAUGUGGGAGGUAUGCCGGAGGAGGUGAUUCCAGCCUCUCUGGGACUCUCGUCUCAGACGGCGAAUGCCUCCAGUUUCCACGGCUGCAUCAGGAACCUCUACAUCAACCACGAGCUGCAGGACUUCACCCGCAGCACCAUGAAGCCGGGGGUGCUGCCGGGCUGCCAGCCCUGCCGCCAACUCUACUGCGUACACGGCAUCUGCCAGCCCAACGCCGCACAGGGGCCCCGCUGCCGCUGCCAGCCCGGCUGGACCGGACCGCUCUGCGACCAGCCGCUGACCGGAGCUGAUGCUGUUACCAUGACAACCACCGUCAACCCCUGCGAGGCCAGCAAGUGUGUGCACGGCACGUGCGUGGUUCUGGACGCACAGACGUACCGCUGCCAGUGUGAGAAGGGGUACGCAGGGGCGCUGUGCAACUCUGCAGCCGGCUCGUGCCGCAGCCGGCCGUGUCUGCACGGCAGCUGCGCGCAGACGGAGGAGGGAGAGAGCUGCGUCUGCGAGCGGGGGUUCACGGGGGAGAGCUGCGAUGCAGAGUCUCCGUGUCGAGGCGAUCCCGUCCGGGACUUCCACCGGCUGCAGCGUGGCUCCGCCCUCUGCCAGACCACCAAGCCCUUCUCCUGGGUGGAGUGUCAGGGAGCAUGCGGAGCGGCGAGCCACCAGGGCGUCAACGCCACCUCCUCCUGCUGCGCUCCUCUGAGGAUCCGGCGGCGCCGACUCGCCUUCGAGUGCGACGACGGGACGUCCUUCACCCAGGAUGUGGAGAAACCUGUGGAAUGUGGCUGCAAGGAGUGUGUGUGAGGCGGCGGAGGACGCACACAAACACAAACAGAGGCGGAUUCUGACGACAACAGGACAUUUGUAUGUUUGUGUUUGAAGCUGACACAGUUUACAGCCCCCCCCGUGACCUUAAAUCUUCAUCCUCCUCUUCCUCACGCCGUAGGACCACCUGUACACUCACCUGCCCUCAGACGAGCUGUCCGUUUGUGUUUUAUGUGUGUUUUUGUUCCCAACGCCACUUCCUGUCGGGAGGCUUUGAAGCCGACCACGUCCACAUCAUAAACGUUUAGAGUUCAGGUGCCAAAGCGGGACGACAAACACGAAGCUCCUCCCCCAGGCUCAGCGCGCUCGCCUCUAAUGAUGGUUCCAAACGUCUCCCGAGUUCGGCGGCUGCAGGAUGUUCUUUGAAGGAUAUAAAUAACUCAUUUUGUGGAGUUUAAAGGAAGUCCAGGUCACCAGAGACUGCUUUGAAGAAUCCUCAGGAGAGGACGGGAACGCCCGGAAUUAGGAGGAAGCUGACAGGAAGUUCGCAGAUCCUUCAUUAACAAUAUAGUCGUCUAAAUGAUUUUCAAAAUAAAAGCCUACAGAUUUAUCAGAACGAGGAACUCUGUAUAAAACGGUCCUAUGAUGGUCAGCAGCUUCCAUGUAAACAGGGACACCUAGUGGUCGUUCACAGAAACGUAAAGAACACCCCCCCCCCCCAUCGGCGCGGUCAAACCCCUCAGGUGGACCGUCGUGGACACGCUGUGGGUGUCUGGUUUCUCUGCAGAUACAAACCAUAAAAACAAAACGUGUUUCUGAUGGUCGAUAAGCGGCGAGUUCUGAGGUCAGACUGCAGCUCCGUCAGAAGGUCAGAGGUCAUCUCUGAAGGCUCUCGUCGUGUCAAAACUCCUUCCAGUCUCCGUCUCGCUGCUCGCCGCCUCGGCAUCUCUGACCCGAGCUUUGUGCCGUUUCUAUGGCAACACUGCGUGAGGGGCGGAGUCAUGACAUAUUUGUUAUGUGCCCCCUCCACUCGCCUUCAUCUGAGCCAGAUCAGAUCAGACCGGAUCAGACCGGAAGAUAGAAUAUUGAUCUGGAUCUGUUAACCUCCCAGCGUUCCUAAACACUCGUGUGGAUCAGUGAUGUGCCAAACACACCCCAGGAUUUUUAGGUGUUCUGCUGCAGCUGCGGUUCUGUUUGGUUCUGCUCGGUUCUGCUCGGUUCUGUUCGGUUCUGUUCGGUUCUGCUCCGUUCUGCUCGGUUCUGCUGUCAGCGCGCCCCACAGAAGAUCCCCCUCUGUCCAUCUGCUGAUCCCUGAAACCAUCAGAGGAUUUCUGUACAAAAAAAGCUGCUAAAUAAUUUAAAUCAAACUUGAAUUUAAAUCCAGACGUAAGAGAUUUGGUGAAAUGCAUCAUGGGAGGUUUUCAGCUGUUCUUCUGAUUCGGUUUAUUUCACAUUUUGUGCUUUUCACUAAAAUAACCAACAAACAGAUCAGAGUUUGACCCCAAACGCUCCACGAUCACAAAAAUUCAGGAAAUAAAUCAAAUCUGAAUCUUUUUGGAUCUGACUCGAGGAGGUUCUGCAGCUCCACAGCUCAGAACCUCAGAACCAGACGUUCACUUCUGGUCCUUCAAAACAACAAUUUAUAGUCUGAGAACCCGGAUGAAUCCAGAUUCAGCUGAUGUGAACAGACCUGAAUCAUCAGUUCCAGCUGUGGGCGGAGCUACUGGAUUUCUGGAUCAGAAACGGAUCUGAAAACAGAUAUAGAGAAAUAGAGAUUAUAGAGAAACUUCUCAAAAUGUGAAAUUGUUUUUGACAGAAUCUCCUUUCAAAAUAAAAGCCCCCCUGUGCCAAACAGCAUCCUCCCAGUGGAGCUUUAAACUCAAACGUUUUGUUGAGUAUUUGAAUCUGAGGCCUCUUCAGGUCAGCAGAGGUGUAAAAAUCUUCAACUACCGGUAGUUUAUUUUAUAAACUGAACUAACCUGAAUUAAAAAUGCUAAUUUAGUAACCAUAAUUUAAACAAAUAGACUAUUUAUUUGUUCUCUAUCCGUAGAGCCACUGUGGAGGAGUGAAAACGUGGCGGUUGCAGACCUCUGGUUUAGGAGCAGCUUAUAUAAUAGUGGGGGCGUCUCUGACCUGAUGCUCCUCCCCCUCCAGCGGUUCAUCCGAGCCCCCGGUGGCGUUACCACGUUCAUGCGUUAACCGCGCUAACAUAGUUCCAUAGAGCGCAGCUGUAACCACUAACAGCGUUCGGACGGCGCCGUGUCUAACCUGUAGAUCUGAAAGUUCAGCGGUCACCUGGUGGGGGCGUGGCUUGUAGUGCUUCUUUUUCAUAUUUAUUUAAAUAAAGAGCUGCUCCUCUUUCUUC